ACACCUGUCAUGGGCAGAGAGCCCCCACCAGCAUGGGCAGCACCCCGAACCUGCGGGGGUGCCCGUUGCCGCCCACCCCCCAGUUCCUCCUGCGGGAGAGCGACGUGGGCCAGAACCUCGCCCAGGCAUCGCAGCGGCGGCUGGCCGAGCUGAACCCCGACGUGGAGGUGGCGGUCAGCGCUGAGGAGCUGUCGGAGGAUUUCCUCGACGCCUUCCAGGUGGUCGUGCUGACCGAGUCACCGCUGGAGGAGCAGCUCCGCGUCGGGGACAUCUGCCACGCCAAGGGCAUCUGCUUCAUCGUGGCUGACGCCAAGGGGCUGGCAGGGCAGCUCUUCUGCGACUUCGGGGAGCGUUUUGUUGUUGACGACCCUGCAGAAGGGGACCGGCUCUGUGCCACCGUGCAGCACAUCUCCCAGGGCAACCCGGGGAUCGUGACGUGCGCGAGGGCAGAGGGGGGACACGGCCACCAUUUCAGUGACGGCGACCUGGUGACGUUUUCUGGCCUGGAGGGCAUGACGGAGCUGAAUGGCUGUGAGCCCUGCCUCGUGCGUGUGCUGGAUCCCUUCAGACUGGAGAUCGGCGACACGAGCACCUUCUCACCCUACCGCUGCGGGGGCCAGGUCUUGCAGGUGCGAUUGCACCAGGAGCACUCGUAUGAGUCCCUGCGCCAGGCGCUGGUGAUGCCCAAGAUCCCAGUGAAGAGCUCCGCGGAGCUGCAGCGCAGCCGCAGCCUGCACGCCGCCUUCCAGGCCCUCCACGCCUUCCGUGAGGAGCGGGGCCGCCUGCCCCAGCCCCGGGCACCGGCGGACGCCGAGCGGGUGCUGCAGCUGGCACGGAGCCUGGGCGCGCAGCUGGGUCCCCUGGACGAGGAUGUCGUGCGAGCGUUCGCCAGCGUGAGCGCGGGGGACCUGUGCCCCGUGGCGUCCUUCAUCGGUGCCCUGGCUGCCCAGGAGGUGCUGAAGGCCAUCACGAGGAAGCUCCUGCCCCUGGACCAGUGGUUUUACUUCGACGCCUUGGAGUGCCUGGCCAUGGAGGGGGCUGCGGGACUUACGCAGGAGGACUGCGAGCCCAGGGGAUCCCGCUAUGACGGCCAGAUCGCCGUGUUUGGGGCCAACUUCCAGGAGGAGCUGGGCCGCCAGAAGUACUUCGUGGUGGGGGCCGGUGCCAUCGGCUGCGAGCUGCUCAAGAACUUUGCCAUGAUGGGGCUGGCAGCGGGGCCGGGCGGGGGUAUCACCGUCACCGACAUGGACACGGUCGCAGACUCCAACCUGCAUCGGCAGUUCCUCUUCCGUGCAGCGGAUGUGUCGAAGCCGAAAGCAGAGGUGGCCGCUGCAGCCGUGAAGCGCAUGAACCCCGACGUGAAGGUGACGGCUCACCAGAACCAGGUGGGGCCUGGCACCGAGCAGCUCUACGGGGACGACUUCUUCCAGCAGCUGGACGGCGUCGUCAGCGCCGUGGACACGCUGGAUGCCCGCGCCUACUUGGAGACGCGCUGCGUCCGCUCCCGCACGCCGCUGCUGGACUCGGGCACAGAGGGGGCGCAGGGGGACGUGCGGGCCAUGGUCCCCCCCCUGACCAAGCCGCUGGAGUCAGCCACGAGCUCCGCAGAUGGGACCUUCCCCCUGUGCACCCUGCGGUACUACCCCCACACCAUCGAGCACACGCUGCAGUGGGCUCGCGAUGAGUUCGAGGGACUCUUCCAGCUGCCUGCGGAGAGCCUGAACCAGUUCAUGCAAGAGCUGCCAGAGGAGCCGGCGCAGCAGGAGGGCCUGGAGGUGCCGGAACGAGCGUGGAAGAGCCUGCAGGAGAGGCCGCGGGACUGGGGGGACUGCGUGCGCUGGGCCCGCCGGCACUGGCAGAGCCGCUACCACGACGCCAUCGCCCAGCUGCUGCACACCUUCCCCCCCGCGCACGAAACCAGCCCCGGUGUCCCAUUCUGGUCGGGGGACAGGCGGUGUCCCCAUCCGCUGACGUUCGACCCCAGCAAUGACAUACACGUGACAUACGUCGAGGCUGCUGCCCAGCUCCGGGCCCAAACGUACAAGCUCCCAUCGUGCAGCAACCGCGCAGCCACGCAGGACAUCCUCCGCAGCAUGGUCCUGCCGCCCUUCGUGCCCCGGGACGGGCUCCGCAUCCCCACCACAGAGGACACGGAGGCGGUGGAGGAGGCUGUGGACCCUGAGCAGCCGAUGGAGCUCACCAAGGACCUCGCUCAGGACCUGGCACGGUGGAGGCAGGAGCGAGGUGGAGGCACAGUG